AUGAAAUAAAAACUUUCUAGAGCCUAAUUGAUUGCUCACUAUCGAUAGAAACCUCUUGAGUAAAUGCCUGAAUCCUUCAAAGCAUUAUGCCAAUAUUACCCACAAGCUUUUAAGGCUCUGAGUCAGAAUCCGUAUUAGGCUAGACCCAUACGUGGUUUCAAUCAAGGUUUGUUUAGUAAAUGAAUAAUAGAAAUACUUGUGUAUUCGAGUAAUUGUGCUACUCCUCUCAAAACAGCUGGUGUCUAUUAAAGUGGAGGGGGAGAUCUAUUUCGUUUCGAUGAAUAAUAAAUCCUCACUCCUUAACCAAAAUAAUCCAAUACUUUUGAUUGGAGCCAGUAGCAACUGUAAAGCAUCAAAAAGGAAAUAGUAUUCAGCAGAAGUACUCCUGGACAAGCUAAUCAUUUACUUUAAAAAAUAUGGUAUUAUGUGGAUGAUUACCUAAAAGUUUAGGGUAUUAUUUUUAAUGUACAUUAGGUCCUUUCAGCUCAAUCUAAAUGGACAAUUGGUAUCUAAAAGGUUAUUUUGAUGACAUUUUAAGAAUAGGGUUUAAGCCUGAAAAUUCUGAAGGCUUCCUUAGAAUUUAUUAAUUGAAAACUUAAAAAUAAUCCAAAAAGAUUCUAAAGCUUCUAAGAAGAGGAUCUUGUCCACCUUCUUUAACUGUCUCGCAAGAAACAACCAUCUAAUUAAAACCGACAGUCUAAUAAUAAUAGCAAUAAUAAAAAUAAGAUUUACAAUAAUAGAUUGAAAUGCAAAAUACAGACAAUGCUCCUACUAUAAGAGUACCUACUUUGAGAAAAAAAAAGUGA